AUGGAUCUUGACCGGGAAAUGGAGGAGUUUCUGGCCGUAGUUCUGUCUCUGGAGGACGACUACAAUGCGGGGGUCAGCUAUCCGGACUUUAGGGGAGUCAGCGAGCUUGCGACGGAUCAAGGGGGAGACGCGUUCUCCUUUAACGCUCCAAGCAGUCCAGAGGGCGCGCUGGUAGCGGGACGCAGUUUGGAUCAUUGGAAUGCGAAUUCGGAACCCGGCUCGACGCUGUGGAACGCGAGCGCAGGAUCCGGAGCCGCUCCGGUUUGCAGGUUCCAGUCGGGGAGGCGUAAGAGGAAAAAGACCGUUUUCAGUAAAGAGCAGGCUAAAUUCAUGAGGAGCGCUUUCGAAAAAGACCCGUAUCCGGACUACAAGAAGCGGACCCAGCUGUCCGAAAGCACCGGGAUUGCGGAGUCUCGGGUACAGGUGUGGUUUCAAAACAGGAGAGCGCGACAUUUACCUAAAAGGAGUCAGAGAAGCGCGCCACAGCCCUGGAGCCCUCGCCGAGCGCCGCUGGGUCCGCUCCGGGUCUUCCAAACCGCCGACACGCUGAGAGGGAGCCGGCCGGGUUCGGAGUGCGAUGGCCGGGUCGCGUCCCAGUAUUACGAGGCGUCUCUGAACACCGAGACACCGAGAGACCCGGACGGUCUAGCCCAGGGAAUUCCUUUCCAUUACUGGAACCGCUGAGACCAGAGCUGGGCGAGAAAUAUUCACCAACACGCCGCCUUAAGUUUUUACAUUUAUAAUAAACCAUUUUGUGUUAUUUAAUAAAUCGUCAUAAGUUCAAGGUGUUUUUUUUUGUUGUUCUUCUUAAAUUGAUAUUGUUUUCUCUCUCGUUUAUUUUAAGUCAUGCUGUAAAUAUUGGAUAAUUCGAUUGUAAAAUAAACAGAAAUUCUUUUUUUUUUAAAAAAAGGCUGUU